AGAAGCUUCUCGGAUGAGAGGUGAAACGUCUUCAAGCAACUUAAAGAAGUCCAGACGCUUUUCUUUCCAAGCUCCUUUGACCAAACAGCACAGAAGCUGCACCGGGACCCUCACUGGAUGGUUUCCAUGGCAGCAGCUCCUUCAGGUGUAGCUUCCGCUUUAUUUAAUGCGAUUGUUUGAUUUGAUGAUUGUGUUUCUGUUCGAUUUAAACAAAUGAUCACGGAAUAACAGGACCAGUCAGGAGGUUGCCAUAAGUCCUACGGGCCUGAAACGCAUCACCACAGUGGCCUGAUGUUUAUAUGCAGUUACUAGGCAACAGGUGAGCCUUGAUCGGCUGACCAGCGGACCCGGUGUGCUCCUGAUCGAUUAACCUGCCCCCUCUCUCACCUUUGCGCGGAGCAUCGUCCCGGAUGGCCGGGGCGCUCACGGACCCGACCCGGGCUCCGGUGGCCUUCGGGCGGCGGGCCGUGCCGCAGCUGUUCGGGGAGCUGCAGCGGGCCGGGGCUGCGGCGAGGCUCCGGGCUCUGACGUCACUCUGCGACCUGGUGCACGAGCCGGAGCGACUGUACCAGGCUGUUACCGGAGGUUUUCUGAAGCAGCUGAAGGUUUUGUUCAGGGAUGAAGAUCCAUCAGUCAGAGCAAAAACCUGUGAGCUUCUUCACCUGCUGACCUCACACAGCAUCGGCAGGCAGGCCGUCCUCGCCUCCUCCCUGCUCCCUCCUCUCUGUCAGCUGUUGGACGACUCCUCGUUCUCCUGCAGGAGGAACGUCCACCGAGUGCUGAACCGCCUCGCUCUGCUGCCUGCAGGAGCAGAGGCUCUCCUCUCUCUGGUGCCUAAACUGAUGCUGAAACUCACAAAGGAGGAAGAUGAGGAGGUGCAGUUGCUGCUCCUCUCCACCCUCACCCACUGCUCCAGGCUGGACGCCCUGCCGGGGUUGGCCUCCGAUGGCGUCUCGCUGCUGGGACGCAAACUGUCCCACCGAUCCUCGAACAUCCGCCGAGAGGCGGCCGCAGCAAUGAUGGCACUCAGCGUUCCCAUGGACGGGAAGCGACAGGUCUGCGAGGAUGCCGAGGUCCUUCCUGUCCUCAUCGGUCUGCUACGGGACAAAGACGUGGAGGUUCAAGCCAACGCUGCAGGAGUCAUCAUGAGCACCGUCAUCAUCACCACCGAAGUAUCUGUGACUGCAGGUAAGCAGCGGUGCCUGGACCUGGACGUCCUCCCCGUCCUCCUCGGCCUGCUGUCUGAGAAGCACGGGGAUGAUGACAAGGAGGAGAUGAAGAAGAGGAGGAAGGCCCUCAUCAUGUACGUCCUUCGUGCGCUCACCUCAUUGGCUGAGGCUCCUAACGGCCGCCGCCUCCUCCUGGAGCAGCUCCCCCUGGUGGAGAAGAAGGCUGAGGCUGCGGAGGAGGACCAGGACAUCCGGCGGGCCACUCAGACCGCCAUCCAGGUCAUCACCUGGACUCCAUGACCUCUGACCUCCAGAGGUCUCAUGGAGUAAGAAAAUAAAAAAGCAAAACUCAUCACACAUUUUCUGAUGUCAUUGUUAAACAUCACAUGACCAGUCCAAUCAAAUCUGGGUGCAUCAUGGGAUAUUUCUAUAAAUGUGUUAUAAGAGUAGGUUGUUUACUUUAACUGCUGAGGACAUUUACUCUAAAGUGUUCUGCUCAUAAAUGUGUUCACUGUGUGUUUUCUGAAUGAAGAGGUUAAACCUGCAUUUGUUCUAAUGUCCAGCAGGGGGCGACACCUCCGGCUGAGUAAAGAAGUCUGACAUGUAUCAUGUAUCGUGAAUGUUACAGAUUUGUAAGUGAUGUGUUUUAGUGGGAACUAUGUUUACUGUCUGUCCAAUAGAGAGGCGUUACCACGGCAACUAAGAUGGGAACAAAGCUUCAAAAGGCGUCGAUUUUUAACCCGAACUAAAGUCUUACUAACAUUAACCAACUGACACCGUUUUAAAUGCAUUUGAAAAACGAGAAAUAAAAAACGUCUCUCACACACGCGAUGACAUCACCAACA